CUACCGAAAGCUCAUCAUUUUCUAUUGCAGAUCAUAGAAGUCAUAAACGAUACCAUAACAAAAAAUAAUGCAAAAAUCGAUGUUCUGGAUAACAUCAAGUAUAAGUUACAAAUCUGCGACGGGUUUCUCGCCUUCUGGAAAAAAUGCGUGGAACAUGUUUCUGCACUUGAGAAAGUUCGAGCUGCUUACGUAGCAUCGUUAUGCGAUAUUCUACCCGAUACGACGAAAAUAAUUUUCGAGCAUUGCAAAGCCAGUCGAAAAUACGGAGCUUUGUUGAACGAUGUGAUGCAAGAAUUGAAGAAUCUGUUCGUAAAAGCAGGCGCGAUCUUUAAACUAUUCUUUGCCACUUUGAACGGCGUAAUCGUCUUCGACACGGAUGUGCAAUCGGAAACGGAGCUGUUGAUGAAAGUGAUUGAUGCGUACGGUAGCAUUGCUUCUAUCGCGAAUGGGAUGGAUACCAAGACGUUUGUUGAGUUAUCUGAGGCAUUCGCCAAACUGGCCAUCGUUAAUCAGAGCAAAAUCACUUCAAAUAAUAUCGCGACGCAUAUCAUUCGAAUGGCGAGGGAUGUGUCUUGUCUUUUAUCUGUCAUCAAGGAUCAGGAGAAUAAAAACGCGGAACGAAAUGUAAUGGUUGCUAUGCGUCUGCUGAGAAUCCUUGAGAAAUUAUCAUCUUACAAUGCAUCUCUCACACACGCGAUGAUGUCAGACUUGAUAGAAUUCCUGGCACAAAUGCAUGGAUUUUCAUGCUCAAGUUUAAUGAAAGAUGGUGAAAGAACAAUCUCAGUUAAUGCCGCAUCUUUUUUAAAUGUUAUUUUCAAUCACGAUGACUUCAAGCAGGCAUAUUUCGAAUAUGGAAGGCAAAUUCCUCGUGAUCAAUAUGUACAUUGUUUAAAUUAUCAUUUAUUGACGAUUGCUGUCAUGAAAAAAUUGAAUAGCAUACCGUAUGAACAUCACUGGUCUUUAGGCUCGGAUUCAAUUUUGGACGUCGCUUUCAUAUAUAUACAACAUUUCGAAGAAGAACUCUGUGUUGGAGACUUGCAAUUGCUAGGUAGUCAAGGGAUUGGCGAACGGCCACGUUUGGUUGGCAUUUAUGAGGCGACUCUGGUAGCCGUUUGCAAUUUGGUGUGUCAGAUUCCAUCGGAAGACUUUCACGCACUCGAAUUGCUUUUAUUAAAAUAUUUAUUGUCUGAUCAUUUUUGGAGUUCUCUAUUAAGUUCGGAUGUUUGGUGCUUUAUUGGCAGACUCGGCUCUUCACAGUUGUGUGUCGAUCACAUCAAAUAUCUGAUUAAAGUCUUUGUCGCUUUGAAAGAACGACGAAAUAGCGUAGAGGCAAUCAUGCUAAACAAUGUGAUUGUCAGAUUAUAUGAUCUGUUGAACGAAGACGUAAAAUUCACUCUGCUCAAUAAACUUAUUAAUCUGGAUACAGAUUGUACAGAUGCGUCUGUUCUUCAUUUAUUAAUAGCGAAAACUAAAGCUUUUUCGUUGGAACGAUCAAACCGUAAAUUCGAGAAUUUAUCAAAGGCUUUUUUAGAUUUACAAGAAUAUCCUUCUGCUCGUAAUUGGAAACAUCUUACGCAUAUCCUGUCCGAAAUGAUGACGGCGGAUUAUAACGAUAAUAAAGACGUUAUCGAUGUCCUGACUAAAAUAUGGAUUUUUGUAGCAGAGGCGAUUAUUAUGUGCGAGGAUAAACAACUAAAGUUACUGUCCGACUUCGUUGUCAUCCUGUUUGAUGCCACUCAUCUUAAAAGUCUUCAUGAUGAUAAUUUUUGUGCGAUUCUAACAUCCAUUGCGACUUUAUGCGUUCAUCUACCGUCUCAAGGCAAGAUUAAAGUUUGCCAUUUUCUACGACGAAAUGUCGAAAAUCUCAAUCGUUGCAAAAUCCAAAACAUCGUGACCACUUUGACAGGAUUGUUCAGUCGCUUAUUAGAAGAUGAGAACCCCUGGGUACGCCAAGAAGCUUUAGAGGCCUUUGAGUACGUAGGACAUAUAUGCCCAGAAGAGCUAGUCGCCGAAAUAGCGAAGGCUUUAGCGAAAAUACCUGUCAUUAGCAAUGUUAUGCAAGCCUACUUAUCCUCGAGGUCGUACUAUAUCUUCAAAGGCUUCUCAAAUGUGCAGGAAUAUCUUAGAUACUUGGCUAAAGCUAUCCGAACUCAUCAUGACAAGCACAUAUGUUAUGAGUAUAACGAAUCUGAGAGAGAAGAGAAGAUGCCGAAGCUGGAAAAAGAAAAUUCGUGCAAAAUCAUAGCGCCAAAAUUAACACAGCUGGACGAACAAGCAGAAGAAUUGUAUAAAGGAUUGACGAAAGUGUUAGAAGAUCAAGCUGUUAUCAGCGAGGCAAUGUGCAAGAGACUGAUAACCAUCCUCGAAAAAAUUCUUAGAGUUCAUGGAAACGAAAAUUCGCAGAACUGAUAGUUCAUUUUCGCUAUUUUGUGAUAUAAAGAUAGGGAAUCAUAAUAAUCUAUCACUGAUAAAGAUGAAGAUAGUUUAUCAAAAAUGACAGUAAUAACAUUGAAAAAAA